UGCAGAUGCGAGCUCUCUUUGAAGACGGCAGUUAUGCUCAGGUUGCAAAUGUUUGAUAGAAUUGAACUUUCCCAUUUCCGAGGAGUUGUUCUACGGGACAUCAAGCCUGACAAUUUUGCGAUGGGCGUCGGGCAGAAGUCUCACAUCGUGUACCUAUUCGACUUUCGUUUAGCGAAGCUAUAUGUCGACCCAUCUACAAGAGCACAAAUGUACCGUGCAUGCAGCGUUGGAUUGGAAACCCCGCGAUAUUCCAGUUAUAAUGUGCAUUUCAGACGAGAACACAGUCGGCGAGAUGAUCUUGAAACGUCCUGUUAUAUCUCCUGCAUCGCCGUCUGCCAUAACAAGGCAUCUACGCACCAAGCAACAAAACCAAACUGCUCCGAAUGGAGAAGAUGA